CACUCCGCCAGCAGAGGAAGCUCCUAGACCAAUCACAUCUGUGUUUACACCAUCACCUGUCAAACACACACCCUCUGCUGGAUUUUCUCUCUGAAAGGAGCUGAAAACACACACUCACACUGAAGCGUCUACGGUAGCCGCUAACUGGACGGACUCUCUGGCAAUCGACCUUUUGCAGUGAAAGUGGAAUAAGUCUUGGAACCAUGAGCUCAGUGGCAGUGUUGACCCCGGAGGAGAGCUUUGCGGAGCACCGCAGCGGCCUGAGGACCAGGAGAUCCCAGGCUGCGUCCCGAGGACGAGGCCUACAUCCCCACCUAUCUGGAGGCCUUCCUCGCUGCCGGAGAAGGGCGCGCCGGGGGGAAGGCCGGGGAGCCGGCGUCGGCGUGGGGGAGCAAGAUCAGGCCCAUCAAAGCUUCCGUCAUCACCCAGGUGUUCCACGUGCCGCUGGAGGCGCGCCGUACAAGGACAACAGCCAGUUCGGCGAGGGCGAGGAGGCCAAGGUGUGCCUGGACAUCAUGCAGCGGACGGGCGCGCACAUCGAGCUGUCGCUGGCCAAAGACCAGGGCCUGUCCAUCAUGGUCACCGGCAAGCUGGACUCCGUCAUGAAGGCCCGCAAGGAGAUCGUAGCCCGGCUGCAGACGCAGGCGUCGGCGACGGUCGCCAUCCCCAAGGAGCACCACCGCUUCGUCAUCGGCAAGAACGGCGAGAAGCUGCAGGAGCUGGAGCUGAAGACCGCCACCAAGAUCGCCAUUCCACGCCCCGACGACCCCAGCGCCAACAUCCGCAUCACCGCACCCAAGGAGGGCAUCGAGAAGGCUCGCCACGAGAUCCUGCUGAUCUCCGCCGAGCAGGACAAGCGAGCAGUCGAGCGCCUGUCCCUGGAGAAGGUCUUCCACCCCUUCAUCGCCGGCGCCCACAACCGGCUGGUGCAGGAGUUGAGCCAGGAGACCGGCGCGCGCAUCAGCAUCCCGCCGCCCAGCCUGCCCAAGGACGAGAUCGUCAUCACCGGGGAGAAGGAGGCCGUGGCGCUGGCGCUCAACCGCAUCCGGGCCAUCUACGACGACAAGAAGAGGAAGACCACGACCAUCUCGGUGGAGGUGAAGAAGUCCCAGCACAAGUACAUCAUCGGGCCGAAGGGCAACACCCUGCAGGAGAUCCUGGAGGCCACGGGCGUCUCGGUGGAGAUGCCCCCGCUGGACAGCGGCUCGGAGACCAUCAUCCUGAGGGGCGAGCCCGACAAGCUGGGGCCGGCGCUCAAGGUCUACGCCAAGGCUAAGAGUGUGAUGGUGGUGGAGGUGACCGCUCCGGCCUGGCUGCAUCGCUUCAUUAUCGGGAAGAAAGGGCAGAACAUCGGCCGGAUCACGCAGCAGCUACCGCGGGUUCACAUCGAGUUCACGGACGGCGAGGAGCGCAUCAGCCUGGAGGGGCCGACGGAGGAGGUGGAGCAGGCGCAGGCCCAGAUCCAGGAGAUCAUCAAGGACCUGCUGGUGAGGAUGGACUACACCGAAGUCAUCAUCGAACAGCGUUUCCACCGACACCUGAUCGGAAAGAACGGAGCCAACAUCAAUCGGAUCAAAGAGCAGUACAAGGUGUCGGUUCGAAUCCCGCAGGACUCGGAGCGGAGCGGCCUGGUGCGGAUCGAGGGAGACCCGAAGGGCGUGCAGCUGGCUCGCAGGGAGCUGAUCGAGAUGGUCCAGAGGAUGGAAAACGAGAGAACCAAAGACCUGAUCGUGGAGCAGAAGUUCCACCGGACAAUCAUCGGGCAGAAGGGAGAGAAGAUCAAGGAAGUCCGGGACAAGUUUCCCGAGGUCAUCAUCAACUUCCCCGACCCGUCGCAGAAGAGCGACAUCGUCCAGCUGAGGGGGCCGAAGAACGAGGUGGAGAAAUGUGCAAAGUUCCUGCAGAAAAUCAUCGCAGACCUGAUCGAGAACAGCUUCUCGCUCUCCGUUCCCAUCUUCAAGCAGUUCCACAAGAACAUCAUUGGGAAGGGCGGCGCCAACAUCAAGAAGAUCCGUGAGGAGACCAACACGAAGAUCGACCUGCCCACCGAGAACAGCAACUCGGAGAUGAUCGUCAUCACGGGCAAGAAGAACAACUGCGAAGCCGCCAGGGACCGAAUCCUCGCCAUCCAGAGAGAGCUGGCCAACAUCAAGGAGACGGAGGUGGCCAUCCCGGCCAAGCUGCACAACUCCCUGAUCGGCUCCAAGGGCUGCCUGGUGCGCUCCAUCAUGGAGGACUGCGGCGGCGUCCACAUCCACUUCCCGUCCGAGGGCUCCGGCUCCGACAAGGUGACCAUCAGGGGGCCGGCCGGCGAGGUGGAGAAGGCCAGGAAGCAGCUGCUGCAGCUGGCGGAGGAGAAGCAAGUCAACAACUUCACGGCGGAGCUGCAGGCGAAGCCCGAGUACCACAAGUUCCUGAUCGGCCGGGGCGGCGCCAACAUCCGCCGCGUGCGCGACCGGACGGGCGCCCGCAUCAUCUUCCCGUCGCCGGACGACGCGGAGCAGGAGCUGAUCACCAUCGUGGGGAAGGAGGAGGCGGUGCGCCAGGCGCAGCGGGAGCUGGAGAGCCUGGUGAAGAACCUGGACGACGUGGUGGAGGACGGCAUGGAGGUGGACGUCCGCCACCACCGCCACUUCGUGUGCCGGCGGGGCCAGGUGCUGCGGGAGCUGGCGGAGGAGUACGGCGGCGUGGCGGUCAGCUUCCCGCGCACCGGCGCCAACAGCCAGCGCGUCACCCUGAAGGGCGCCAAGGACUGCGUGGACGCCGCCAAGAAGCGCAUCCAGGAGAUCAUCGAGGACCUGGAGUCCCAGGUGAGCGUGGAGGUGGCCAUCCCGCAGCGCUACCACCGCGCCGUCAUGGGGCCCAAAGGCUGCCGCAUCCAGCACCUCACCCGGGAGCACGAGGUCCAGAUCAAGUUCCCCGAGAGGGACGACGGCGCCGCGGGCCAGGAGGCGGCGCCGCACGAGAACGGCGACGUGAGCCCCGACGCCGAGUUCGUCCCCCGCAAGUGCGACAUCAUCGUCAUCUCCGGCCGGGUGGAGAAGUGCGAGGUGGCGAGAACCGCCCUGCUGGCGCUGGUGCCCGUCACGGAGGACGUGGAGGCGUCGUACGAACUGCACCGCUACAUCAUCGGCCAGAAGGGCAGCGGCAUCCGCAAGAUGAUGGAGGAGUACGAGGUCAACAUCUGGGUGCCGCAGCCCGAGAAGCAGCUGGACGUCAUCAAAGUGACGGGGCUGGCGGCCAACGUGGAGCGAGCGAGACAGGGGCUGCUGGAGAGAGUGAAGGAGCUGCAGGCCGAGCAGGAGGACCGGGCGCUGCGCAGCUUCAAGGUGACGAUGUCCGUGGAUCCAAAGUUUCACCCCAAGAUCAUCGGCCGCAAGGGGGCGGUCAUCUCCCAGAUCCGGAAGGACCACGACGUCAGCAUCCAGUUCCCCGACAAGGGCGACGAGCAGCAGGAUCUGAUCGUGAUCUCCGGCUACGAGCGGAACGUGGAGGAGGCGCGCCACGCCAUCCAGCAGCUGGUGUCCGAGCUGCAGGAGAUGGUGAGCCAGGACGUCCACCUGGACCCCAGGACCCACGCCCGGAUCAUCGGCGCCCGCGGGAAGGCCAUCCGCAAGCUGAUGGAGGAGUUCAAGGUGGACAUCCGGUUCCCUCAGCCGGGCUCCGACGAGCCCGACAAGGUGACGGUGACGGGGCUUCCCGAGACCGUGGACAACGCCAUCGACCACCUGCUCAACCUGGAGGAGGAAUAUAUGCUGAGCGUGACGGAGACGGAGACUCUGGCGGCGUACAUGAAGCCGCCGUCGCGCUACAGCGGGGGAGGGGGGGCGGGGGGCCUGGACGACAGCAGCGGGGGUCCGGCGAAGGGCUUCGUGGUGCGGGACGCCCCCUGGAACGCCGCGGGGAACAAGGCUCCUGACAUGAGCAGCGCCGAGGACUUCCCCACCUUCGGGACGGGCGUGGCCCCGAAGCAGACCUCCGCCUGGGGCCCCAAGAAGUUCUGAAGCUCCUCAAGCGGAACUAAAAGACUCUGUGUAAAGUAGAGACGGCGGGGAGGAGAGGCGUUCGAUACCCGGAGCGCUCUGAAGGUUCCCCCGCUGCAGCUCUGUUUCUCAGAUCCUGAAUUCGAUCCGAUGAAAACACAAACCUGGGAAAACGUUCAGACUCGUUCCGGUAGAGAAACCUUCCCCCCCCCCCCCGCCGUCAGAGAUCAAACAAAUCUCUAAUCAAAUUGCUGCUCGCCUUCCUCCUCGUCCUCCCGUUAGUGACCUUCCUGUCGUCUCUGUAAGCCCCGCCGUUCUCCCACAACCAGCCACAAUGAAUCCUGGGAGAAUGAGCCCUUCUCUCCCCUCCCUCGUAGUACCUCCACCUCCUCCUUCCUCCGAGAGAUAAAAAAAAAAAACAGAACGUUGAGCGCUCUCUCCACAGCUCUGGCCGUUUGUGCUCCGCCUCCCGGUUGCACCGCCCUGCUCUUCCCGCUGAAACAUUUCAAAAAAAAAAAGAAAAAACCCCCCCCCCCCCCUACCGUUUUUUGUUUUCCCGCCAAACGUUCCACCGUCGCCGCACUACGUCAGAAAUGUUUCAUGAAGCAGGGGGAGUCGAGUCGGAGAGAAAAGAGGAAGGAGUCUUUUGUUUUACAGGGCAGGAAGAGUUUGUAAAGAAGAAGAAAAAAAAACAUCUUUUAAGGUUGUUUUCCUGUGGUUUUUACACGGAGGCGUCUGAUUGGCUCAGCCGCUCAUGUGGUGCAGCGUGUGAGGCGAUGAGCUGCGUGUGUGUGUGUGUGUGUGUGUGAGAUUCAGUGUAUGUGUCGGUGGGUUCAGGAGAGGAUUUCACCCACAAGUGUUUGUAGAUCCCCUUUUUUUUUUUCAUUUUUAAUUUUAUUUAUUUCCAAGCUGGGAACAAACUAACUAACAAACAAACAAACAAACCGGAACAUGAAGGAACCGCGGAUUGUUUGUAACGAAGGUCGUCUUGUCUCAAACUGUUUUAUUUAUUCAAAAAACGAGCCAUUUUAUUUGAACUACUGUGAUCGUAUGUUUUUUUUUUUUCUAAAAGCACUCGCUGUAGCUUGCAACCUUGCGUCCGGGGAGUGAAUGUUGUGCGUCGGGGG